AUGGUCGAAACAGACGCUGGCAUCGGAUUCUGCCCUUUCGAACGCUAUGCCGAUGGACUCACGGUUCUCGCAGAUGCGGGUUAUACGCCAAGGGAGAUCAUCGCGGCGGCGACUGACAUGGCAGCCAAGGAAUGUGGACUAAGCGAGGAGACUGGCAAGCUGGAACCUGGGUACGCUGCAGACCUAGCGGCCUUUUCUGGAAACCCGCUUCAGGACAUUAGAGCCUUUGCAGAACCAAGAUUCGUCAUGGCAGGCGGAAGAGAGCACAAAGAACUUGGGCCAAUCCCUCUGACUCUUCUAUGCGCCAUGGUCUCCUCUUCCACGCGUCAUUAUCAGACAAUCUUCAAAGAGCGGGACCAAUACCACGACCGCAGGCCAGCGAAAACUCAACAUAGAGUCGAGACUCAACUUGCCCUUCGUGUGCGACCCCAGAUUGUUAACAUCUGCGGUUACCCUUCACUCUACAGUUUGAUGCCACACGAGCUGACACUUCUUCCGGCGAAGUCUUCUGCAGAGAUACCGCAGUCUAAAGACUUCUCGUUCACGAUGUAA